AUGCCUUACAAAUGUUCGAAAAAUAUUAUGGUGCUAAUAUCAGUACAAGCAUUUGAAAUGUGGUGCGCGAGGACAAGAUGGAUUUUUCGUUGCAAUGUGCACUAUCGUUUAUGCUAACUGCAAUGCGACCAACAUGUGAAAACGUCUCACAAGCUGAUGCUCAUACGUGGAAGGUGACGGCCAUUUUUCGACGGUCGUCUGAGGGAUUUGUGACUAGGCAAUGUAAACGAUAGAAGCUUGCACAUAAAUUGACGUCCAGCAGCCAACUUUUACCAUUAUGUGGUUAUCGGAAUUGAGCUCGUCGGAACGCACGUCAAUUCCGUGAGAGUGCGUUGCACAACCCGUUCCUCCACCACUUUCGAUUAACCAACAAAUCCGUCACCCCGGACAAAAUUGACAGCGAUGCUCCAGGGCUUGGUAAUUCUGUAAUUCGUACGCACAGGUACGCGGUCGACUUUAGCGAUUAAAGAUGACACCAAAUCAUAUCACGGCCGUUUGGAAAUCCACAAUAUCCCUCGUUGGGCUUUCCUCUUAUUUCGAUAUUAUUGCGCGUGUGAUCUUACUAAUCGUUUUCGGUAUUAGGUUGCCGGCACUGUACAAGUCAAUGACAUAAUCGAGAUUCUUUAAAAGGGAAAAAAAAAACAAAAAAAUAUCAAACCGCUGAUGGUCGUGUGUGGUGGACGGCGGUGUCAAACUGUCGACGUCGUUGCGAUGUGAAUAGCGGUUGCGGCUGAUCGUGCUGCGGUAUAAUUGUCGGGUGUCGGGUAGUAAUUCAGCAAAGUUGCCAUUACGCAGCCCGUGGUCGUGCGUUGUGGGCAGUCGGCGUCGGUUAGUGGUGCUUGCUACUAGUCCCCGGCUGAUCUUGUUUCUUCGCUCCGGCCGGUAUCCGCUGUCCCUUAACUUUUUUCUUCUGAUUUUAUUUCCCCAGAGAAUUCAAAUUGUACCAAUUCCAAUUAGUUAUUUUUUUAAUGAAUUCACCCAUUUCGUUUACUCGCACUGCAACACAACCGCAGUCAUGUCCUAUUGGUUAUUCACUGUUGUAGAGAAUAGAGGUGCAUUUUCGGAUUGAAAUUAACAUUUAUUUCACACUUUUAUACCUGGCCGGUUGCCACAUUCCUAGAUAUCAAUGGCUUUUCAAGACUCCAAUUAUUCAGGAUAUUGGGGUAAGCCUACUGCUACAAUUGAUUGGUGUGAAAAAAACUAUGAAGUGAACUAUUAUGUUGCUGAAAUGUGGAAUACUAUUAGUAAUUUAAUGAUGAUAUUACUUCCAUUAUGGGGAAUUUGGGAUAUGAAAAAACAAAAAUUUGCUCAGAGAUUUUUUUUAUGUUACUUAUUCAUUACAGUGGUUGGUUUUGGCAGUUGGGCAUUUCACAUGACACUUUUAUAUGAAAUGCAGUUAUUUGAUGAAUUACCAAUGGUUUGGGGAACAUGUUAUUGUAUUUACUGCUUAUCAAUAGUAAAACAUGAUAUGAAAUCAAAGUAUAUUCCAAAUAAGUUAUUGUUAUUAGCAUUAAUAAUAAUAAGUAUUGGUUUUGCAAUUGUUUAUCUUACCUGGCCACAACCGUUAUUGCAACAUUUUUGCUAUGGUAUACUAGUGGCUAUAUCUUUAGCACAGGAAAUCAAAUUAAUAUUAGAGUUCAAAUGUGGUGUUUGUAAACACAUGUUUAUUGUUGCACUAGGAUUAUAUCUAUUUGGGUUUUUUUUGUGGAAUAUAGAUAAUAUAUUUUGCAAGAACCUUACAAUCUUGAGAGAACAAAUCCCAGUGUUCUUUCGACCAUUUACUCAAAUGCAUAGUUGGUGGCAUGUAUUUGCAGGAUAUGGGGUAUAUAUUCAAGUUCUAUUUUGUAUUCACAGCACAUAUGAUUACCAUAAAAAGUAUCAACAAUCAAAUGUACUUUUACCUGAACAUAUGUAUUUUAGUAUUCGUUGGCAAAAAAGUAACAAAAAAUAUUGAUUAUUCUAUGUAGAUCAAUAUUAUAUGAUAUG